UUCGCGGCGUAUGUCACACGUUAUCUGCAUUAUUAUUUAUUUUUAAUGUGAAUUGGUAUUGAAACAUGGCACCGAAAAAAGAUAAAGGAAAAGGUAAAGAAGAAGAACAAAAAACCGGUGGUUUUACAGAAGUUGAGAGGACAUUCUUGGAGUUACAAGUCGCCGAGUGUAAUAGAAAAAUCGCAAGACUACGCUCGGCUGUUGAUGAAUAUGAACAACGUAAUGAUGAACUACAAAAGGCUUACGAUAAAUUAGAUGAAGAUAGAGCUGAUAUUAUUGCUUAUUUAAAGAAAACAUUAAAUCUUAAGAAUGAUGAAAAUAAUGAACUGAAGGAUAAAGUUAAAGGCCUCGAAGAGACAAGGGAGAUUGAAACGGCUCAGUUUAAGGAAACUGUUGCCGAGUUAGAAAAAAACUUUACAUUGAUGAAAGAUCAGUUAACAUCAGAAAAUAAAUUACUGGCAGGCAAAUUAAAUACGCUUGAAGAAUUCAGAGCUAUACGAGAUGAUUUAAUGCGUAAGUUUGAAAAACAAGAACAGGAUUUCAAAGAUCAAGAAAUGAAAUAUAAGAGAAUUAUAUACGAUGCAGAAAAGAAAUUUGUAAUUGGUAAAGAUAAAUUGAAGAAAGAAAUGGAAGCACGGUUAUUGCAACUAGCACAAGAUUUUCAAGAUGCCACUGAAUUAAGAAUAGCUGCUUCUACGCAUAGAGUGAUAAGAGAAAACAUAGCAAUAAAUAACGAAUUAGAUAAUAUUUUAUCUACACAAGCAAAAUUAGCAGAACAAAACGAAAAGUUUAAGGAGAAUGAAAAAGCUGCUCGCGUAGCUAAAGAAUUAGCUGAAGAAGAAAGAGACAAGGCUAUUAAUAAAAAUGUUGUACAGCUGAAGGUGAUAGAUCAGCUAACUACAGCUUUUCAAGAAAUGAAGAAGAAUAAGGCAUUCUCUGAUAAAAGAAACUAUGAUUUUGAAACUCAACAAGCUAAAAUACAAAAAUUAACUAAAGAAAACGAAAAUCUUUCCAUACAAGUUCGUAUUUUAGAACAAAAUUUACAUGCACGUAUGACUGAUCAGAAUAAAUCUUCAGUAGAAUCAUCAAAAGUAGCAAAAGAAUGUGCCAAACUUAAAAGUAUUCUCAAAGAGGCAGCAAUUGCUGUACAAGCUGCUUUAAAAUUAGAUAAUUGGGCAACAACGGAUCCUACUAGAGAAAUAAUGGACAGGCAAAGUCUAUUAUCACGUUUGCUUACUAUAAUAACACAGUACAGAGAAAUCCAACGUGCGGAGUCUAUGGAUACUUUAGGUUCCUUUGGUAAAGUUUAUGAAGAAGGUGACCUUGGAUUUAUUCCGAAACCUUUACCAAAGAAAUCGGCCAUAUCUACGACUGCGUCGUUCGCAUCGAGAGAGUCCUUGAAAGUUGAAAAACGUAGCACUUCUGCUAUGUCUAUUUCUUCAUCUUCUCUUGGCAGUAUGAAAACUAUUCCUAGUGUGAAACUCAUACCUCCAUCAUCUGAUAUUCAGGUAAUCCCUAAGGAUAGUGUCCCAUCAUUUAUAACAUCUGCUAAAUCUACGGAAAGCGAGAGUGUAGAAGAAGGAUCAGAGAGUGAAGAAUUGACAGACAUGGAAAAAAUGUUGGCAGCGAGUAAAUUAGAAAUACAAAAAUCUAUUAUGAAGGAUUUGGAAUAUUCCCAAGUUGCAAUGCAUUCACAAGCUAAAGCUGAUGAUGAACCUGAGAAAACAUCAAAAUCUGCGAUAAUUUUUGAAGAAGGUGAAGCAGCAGGAGAAGAGGAUGUAGAAGAUGAACAUACUACAGAGGGUGAGAAAGUACCAAAAGAUACUGAUGAUAAACAAGAAAAGACUGAGGAUCAAGUAGAGGAAAAGACAGAAGGUACUGAGUGAAGUGUUUGUUUAAAUUUGUGUGUUUAGUGUGCUUUAAAUACGCGUUAUAUUUUUAUAUCAAAAACAUUU